CCUGCGGAGCGAUGUCCAAGGCCAGUGAUACUUUGUGGGAUCUUGCUAUAGCUGAAGUGGAGAAGAGAGAAAAUCCUAAUGACAAUGGCAAGCGUGUGGAAGUUUGGGAAAAAUCAAUAUUAUUUAUGGGAAACAAAAAUGGGGGUAAGACUGCUAUUAUACUGAGGUGUCUUGAGAGGGAAGAGAGUCCAAAGCCAACCUUAGCCUUGGAAUAUACUUUUGGAAGAAGGGCAAGGAGACACAAUACACCCAAAGAUAUAGCUCAUUUUUGGGAACUAGGUGGUGGAACCUCAUUACUGGAACUGAUUCGAAUACCAAUCACUAGCAACAACAUAAGAUCAUUUGCUGUAGUUCUGGUAUUGGAUUUGUCCAAACCUAACGAACUCUGGACUACUAUGGAGAAACUUCUGCAGGUCACCAGGAACCAUGUGAACAAAAUUUUAACCAAACUAGAAAAGACAAAUCCUGAAGUAGCUACUGAAAUUAAACAGAGGAUGCGGAACAAUCUGCAGAGGGAUCACCCAGAUUAUGAGUUAGUUGACCCUUUCCCAAUACCCUUGGUGAUAAUUGGAAGUAAAUAUGAUAUUUUUCAUGAGUUUGACUCUGAAAAGAGGAAAAUAAUAAGCAAGACACUUCGAUUCGUUUCACAUUAUUAUGGAGCAUCAUUAGUGUUUACCAGUAAAUCUGAGGCUCUCCUGCUGAAAGCCCGUGUUCUUAUCAAUCACUUAGCAUUUGGCUAUGAUAAAAGCAAGUCUGUAUCGGUGGAUCACAGCAAACCUCUAUUUAUACCAGCGGGCCUGGAUUCGCUGAGCCAAAUAGGACCACCACCCGCCUCUGAUAGUGAUAUUGGAAAGAUGCGUGCAAACACACCAUUGGAACUGUGGAAGAAAGUAUUUGAGAAAACAUUUCCUCCCAAGAGUUUCUGUGAUUCACAAGAUACCAAGGACCCUGCACAGGAUUUACAAUACGCUGAGUAUGAAGUUGAUGCCAUGAGAGCUCAGAAAAACCAGGUGUGUUGUUCUCCAGUUGCUGUUCACAGUCGGGAACUUGAACAAUACAAAAGAAAUGCCUCUAAAUCCUGGAAAGAAAUGGAUUUUGACCCUGAUUGAUGAACUGCUAUAGGUGUCUUCAGUUUAACAUUUACAAGAUUUUUUAAUUGUUUUAACAUUA